AUGAGCGAAGAAAAGCUAGAGAAACCUGUAGCUUAUGACGUAAAAGAAGAGGCCGAGAAGACUCCGGCGACGCAGGGAGGCGUUGACGCCGUGGAGGACAAAGAUAAAGGUGUUGUCGCCGAAGCCUCCGGUGGACAGGCGGAGGGAGAAGUAAACCAGAAAAAUGUGGUGGCUAAUCCUCCUCCAGCAUCGGAAGGAACCAUUACGAUAGGAGAGGCUCUAGAGGCAGCGGUUCUCACGGCAGGGAAUAAGCCGGUGGAGUGGAGUGACGCAGCCGCCAUACAAGCUGCAGAGGUUAGAGCCACUGGACGGACCAACAUCAUGCCCGGCGGUGUUGCUGCUUCUGCUCAGUCAGCUGCCACUCUUAACGCUCGAGCUAGCUCCGACGACGACAAGACUACGCUUGCCGAUGUUCUCACAGGAGCGAGAUGUAAAUUACCGUCGGACAAACCAGCAACGAGGAAAGAUGCGGAGGGAGUGACAGGAGCAGAGAUGAGGAACGAUCCACAUCUCACUACUUACCCAACCGGAGUGGCCGCCUCUGUCGCUGCGGCUGCUCGGAUUAAUCAAGCCAAGUAA